CCUCGGAGGGUUGUUGGACUGAAAUACAGGAUUUUCUUCUUCUUUUUUUUUUUUUCUCUCUAUUUGAACUUUUAUUUUCACGUUAAACUUCCUCCCCGCCUCGUCUCCCGAUUCUUUUAGGGUUUUUUUGGUUUUUUUUGGACCCGCUUUCACUCGCCUCCCCAGAGGCAACGCAGGCAUCAUGUCCUUCGACCCCACCAUCAUGCCACCUGCAAACGGCUCUGCCAACGGGACCGCCAGCGAGGGCGGGAAGCCCCCCACCAUCCCCACCGUCAUGUUCAUCUUUGGCGUGGUCGGCAACCUCAUAGCCAUCGUGGUGCUCUGCAAGUCCCGGAAGGAGCAGAAAGAGACCACUUUCUACACACUGGUCUGCGGGCUGGCAGUCACCGAUCUUUUGGGGACCUGUCUGGUGAGUCCAGUUACGAUUGCCACUUACCUGCAGAAUCGUUGGCCAGGAGGACCAGCGCUGUGUGAGUACAGCUCCUUCAUCCUCCUGUUCUUUGGACUCUCUGGCCUGAGCAUUAUCUGUGCCAUGUCUAUAGAGAGGUACCUGGCCAUCAACCAUGCCUAUUUCUACAACCAUUACGUAGAUAAGAAGCUGGCAGGGCUCACGCUCUUUGCCAUCUAUGCUUCCAACGUGCUGUUCUGCGCCCUUCCCAGCAUGGGGCUCAGCAAAUCUACCUUGCAGUACCCCGACACUUGGUGUUUCAUAGACUGGCGAGCAAAGGAGGCCACUCAUGCGGCAUAUUCCUACAUGUAUGCUGGCUUCAGCUCCUUCCUCAUCAUGGUCACGGUAAUCUGCAACAUCCUGGUGUGUGUGGCCCUAAUUCGCAUGCACCGCCAGUUUAUGCGACGCACAUCCUUGGGGACAGACACCACCUCCAGCCGCUUAUCUGACUUUCGCAGACGCCGGAGCUUCCGUCGGAUGGCCGGAGCAGAGAUCCAGAUGGUUAUUCUACUCAUUGCCACUUCCCUGGUUGUGCUCAUCUGCUCCAUUCCUCUGGUGGUGAGGUGCUUUGUGACUGAAAUUUUCAAAACUGAAACAGUGAGGGAUGUGAGACAAAACCCUGACCUGCAAGCCAUACGCAUUGCCUCAGUGAACCCCAUCUUGGAUCCAUGGGUUUACAUCCUCCUCCGCAAGACUGUGCUCAGCAAAGCUAUUGAGAAGAUCAAAUGCCUCUUUUGCCGAAUCGGAGGAGCUCGGCGGCAGCACCCCGGGGGCAAUUUCAACUGCGUGGAUGGCCGCAGGACCUCCUCUGCCAUGUCCAGUCAGUCACCUUCCUUCAUCUCACGUGAGCUGAGGGACAUCAGCAGCACCUCACAAACACUGCUCUAUCCUCUAGAGUUAAGCGAAAGCAGCACGGGGGGUCGCAUGCUGCUUCCAGGCCCCAGUGCAACCUUGGCUCAGUCUGACACUACAUCCGUAAGGACACUGCGCAGCUCAGAGACCUCAGACUCUUCACAGGGGCAGGACUCUGAGAACAUCUUCUUGGUGAAUGAAAUCCAGCCUGGCAGUGGGGCUAGCUCCACAUCCAAGGGCAGCCCUCUCCAGGUCACCUUCCCCCCCGAGACGUUGAACUUAUCAGAAAAGUGUAUAUAGCAAUGAAAGCCAUCAACCCGGAUGAUCCUUCCCGGUACAUUGGAAAAACUGGUGCAAUAGAUAGGCGUUUUACCUAUUCAAGGGGAGAGGGGUUCAGCUAUGCUCCAAAGGGCUAUUUUUCUCUUGUCAUGUGAUGGGUACAUUUCUUUUAGACUACUGAGGACUGCAUGGAACAGACACUGCACUUGUCCCUGUUAUCAGAAAUUGUGCAAAACAGGUCUAACAGGACUGGAAGCAUGAACUGUCUUGUUCCUGGACACAGGAGAGCUACAGGCUCUGGAAGUAGAAAAAUCCAUCACCUGUUUUUCUUUAUCUGUCCAAAUCUGGUAGAACGGUGUUUUCUCUCCCUGUGGCUGCUUAGCUAUCAAGGUUUUAAGCUUCUGGUACUAGAGCUAAAGGUGAAGCAGCUACUCUGAACUGUACAGAGCGCUACUCUAGCAGCUAUCCGGGGUAGGAUUUUAAAGUGUCUCACUAAAGCAUGAAAAUGUGAAUUUUUACUGUUGUAUAUGUCAGGAUUGAAAAUAUUUAAAAGUCUAUUCUUCUCUAUGAGAAGGUUUCGUAUUAAUACAAGGUAUAUAGAAAUGAUUGCCAGCUUUCUCUUCCCCCAGUGUUGCCUGCUGAGAAGACAUUCUUGUUUUAGAUUUGUUGUCCAUGGUAGAUUCACAAGCUGAUGAGAGUUAGUUCUCUAUAAAGGAAUAAAUAAAAACUUUGAGUGAAAUGGGAACACGUGCUAUUAAGAGAGAAAAAGAAAACACAUCCUUUCAGUUAAAAAUAUUCCUUUUCAGUAUAUGUACAUACUAGAAAGAUUUUAUUUAUGUGCUGAGACUGUUCCUCUGUAUAACACAGCAGCUCCUCUUGGAGCACUUCGGCCCACAUUCUGCACACACUUAACAUUGCCCAACUAAGUAGUCUCUCUGCUGCCAGGGUGACUCCUUACACGUAAAGUUAAGGACAGACAGAAGUGCUUUUAAUAUCAGGGCCUAAAACUUUCAAUCCCUGAUUAAUAGUCUUAAUAUUCACUUUAGCUAAAACAUCACUGAUGUAAUAAAGGUAUUUUUUCAUAGCAUUUAUCAUUUUAUUUUAAAUAGUAAAUAGAAUUUUUAUGUCUGUGUAAUCUGAUAUUCCAUCAAAUAAACAUACAAAACCAUGGAAGCAGAAUCUUCAUUUACAAGUAUAGAUUAUAGAGAACCUUAUCCUUAUCUUGGACCCCUUGAAAAUUACUUGUUCCUAGAGUUUUAAUGGCAAACACAUCACAAAAAAUAACUGUUAAUUAGUGACAGAAAGCUUCGUGUUUUAUUUUGCAAGGGUUAGAUCUUGUUCCAGAAAAACUGUUUUAUCAAAAUCACUUUCUGUACCGAUAUUUAUGUUUUGUCAAAUACUAAGCAUGUUAUGCUGCUUACAGUGUUUUCAUGUGAAAUGCUUUAUUGUAAUGAAAAUCUUGAGCCUCA